CGCGGGGACGGCGGGUUUCUCCCUGGUCGUGAUGGCGCUGUGGAAGGUGGAGAGCGGCCUGCAACCCUGGUGCCCGGGAGAUCUCCGCCUCGGUCCUGGAGAGAAAAUGGGACAUGAACCCUGGCAACAUCUUCUGUCCCUGCCACCUCCUGGAGGGGAAAGAUGCUGGCAGCAGACCAGAAUGGGUAGACACAGUGUGGGAAAUGGACUUCACAGAGACUGAGCCUUUGGAUCCCAGCAUCGAGGCAGAGAUCAUAGAGACUGGAUUGAAUGCAUUCACAAAACUCUAUGAAAGUCUUUUCCCCUUUGCUACUGAAGAACAUGGAUCUUUGGAGAGCAUCUGGACCUUUUUUACUGAGAAUAAUAUUUCCCACUGUACACUGGUGGCAUUAUUCUAUCACUUUGUUCAAGUAGUCCAUAAGAAAAAUGUCAGUGUUCAAUCUCGAGAAUAUGGCCUUCAUGCUGCUAGUCUUUAUUUUUUGCUACUAGAAAUACCAGGCAGUGUAGCCAAUCAAGUGUUCCACCCAGUGAUGUUUGACAAGUGCAUUCAAAUUUUAAAGAAGAGCUGGCCUCAGGAAUCUAACUUGAAUCAGAAAAGAAAAAAAGAACAGCCUAAGAGUGCUCAGGAUACUCAAAGGAAAACCAGAAAAAGAGGAAAGCCAUCCAGGAAAGAAGACCAGAUAGAUGAACUGACAGAAGAAGAGGAGGAGGAAGAAGAGCAUAUUUAUUUUUCUGCUCGGGACCUUUCUCAAAUCCGAAAUGGAUUAUUGUACCUCUUAAAGAAUUUUUUAAGGCUUCUGCCCAAAUUUUCUCUCAAAGAAAAGCCACAGUCUAUACAGACAUGUAUAGAGGUCUUUAUUGCAUUAACUAAUAUUGAGCCAAUUCUUCAUGAAUUUCUUGUUCCACACGCCAGGAACCUUAGCGAAGCAAAACAUAUAUCAGAACUGGCCUACUAUGGACUGUACUUGCUGUGUUCCCCACUUCAUGGAGAAGGAAAUAAGAUUAUUGGUUCUAUUUUCCAUCAACUGCUAAAUGUAAUAUUGAUGUUAGAAGUAAGGGAAAGAUCUCUUUGUGCUCCCCUUGCUAUUACUGCACAAGUCAUCCACCGUAGAAACCAAGCAGUCCUGUUUAUCAGCUCACUUGUGGAUGAACUACAAGACAGUGUUUUCCCAGUCCUUCGUAUUCUCCUGCAGCACAUCUGUGCCAAGGUGAUAGAUAAAUCAGAGUAUCGGACCUCUUCUGCUCAAUCCCUGGUUCAGCUUCUUAAAAAACUUCCCUGUGGGGAAUAUGCUACAUUCAUUGGCUGGCUUUACAAAUACUCACGAAGUUCCAAGAUUUCACACCGGGUUUUUACUCUUGAUGUUGUGUUGGCUCUCUUAGAGCUACCUGAAAGAGAGGUGGAUGGUACUCUCUCUUUGGAGCAUCAACACUUCUUAAAGCAUAAAUUCUUGGUGCAGGAAAUUAUGUUUGACCGUUGUUUAGACAAGGCACCUACUGUCCGCAGCAAAGCACUAUCCAGCUUUGCACAUUGUCUGGAAUCAACCACUAACACAUCAGAGACUAUCCUGGAGUUCCUCAUUAACACUUCAGAAAUACAGAGUCAUAGUGGUACCUUACUGAGAAAUUCACCAGUGUUUUCCUACCGGGAUUCUACAUUUGCCUCUUGUAAGCCCCCAGGGGAGAUCUACACAGAUGACAGUCAUGAAGGAGGUAGAUCUGGGGCAGAAAGGUGCAUCCUGGCAAUGCUGAGAAAGAGAAUCAGAGAUGAGAAGACCAAUGUCAGGAAGUCUGCACUCCAGGUAUUAGUCAGCAUCUUGAAACACUGUGACCUGGGCAUGGAAGAGGAUCUGCUCAUUCUGCAGGACCAUUGUCGGGACCCUGCAGUCUCUGUCCGGAAGCAAGCCUUACAAUCUCUUACAGAACUUGUUAUGGCCCAACCUAAAUGUGUUCCAAUCCAAAAAGCCUGGUUGAAGGGGGUCAUUCCAGUAGUGAUGGACUCUGAGAGCACUGUGCAAGAAAAGGCCCUGGAGUGCCUGGACCAGCUUCUGUUGCAGAACAUUAAACAUCACAAGAAAUUGCACAGUGAGGACAGCAGUCAGGUACUUGCUUGGGCUCUGCUUGCUCUCCUCACCACAGAAAACCAGGAUCUGAGCCACUAUUUAAAUAAGGCUUUUCAUAUCUGGUCCAAGAAAGAUAAAUUCUCAUCCAGUUUUAUAAACAGUGUGAUAUCCCACACUGGCACAGAACAUUCUGCACCAGCCUGGAUGCUCCUCUCCAAGAUUGCUUGCUCAUCACCCAAGCUGGACUACACCAGAAUAAUACAGUCCUGGGAGAAAGUCAGCAGUGAACAGAAUCCCAAUCCAAACACCUUGGGCUACAUGCUCUGUGUCAUUGGCUAUAUUGCGAAGUAUCUUCCCACAAGCACCCAGGAAAAGGUGACUGAUGUUGUCAAAGGUAAGCUGAAUGGAUUUCAGUGGUCUCUUGAGUUGAUCAGUUCAGCUGUAGACACCUUACAGAGGCUGUGCCAAGCAUCUGCACAGACACCACUGGAAGAGCAGGAACUCCUGAAGCAGGUGUGUGGGGAUGUGCUCUUUACCUGCCAACAGCACCUCUCUAACAUCUUCCUGAAGGAGGAUGGGGCAGGGAAUAUGGAUGAAGACCUGGUGGUGAAGUACAUUUUUACCAUAGGAGAUAUAGCCCAGCUGUGUCCAGCCAUAGUAGAGAAGCGAGUCUUCCUUCUGAUUCAGUCCAUUCUGGCUUCUUCUACUGACGGAGAUCACUUACCAUCAUCUCAAGAGACUACUGAUGCCCCAGCCAGUCAGCCUCCCUCCCAGGUCAGAGGCUCUGCCAUGCCAUCUGUGAUUAGAGCACAUGCCAUCAUCACCUUAGGUAAACUGUGUUUACAGCAUGAGGAUCUUGCAAAGAACAGCAUCCCAGCUUUUGUGCGAGAACUCGAGGUUUGUGAAGAUGUGGCUGUCCGCAACAAUGUUAUCGUUGUGAUGUGUGACCUUUGUAUCCGGUACACUGUCAUGGUGGACAAGUAUGUUCCAAAUAUCUCCGUUUGUCUGAAGGAUUCAGACCCGUUUAUCCGAAAGCAGACACUCCUCUUGCUUACAAACCUCUUGCAGGAAGAGUUUGUGAAAUGGAAGGGCUCUCUGUUCUUUCGAUUUGUUGGUACUCUGGUGGAUCCACAUCCUGACAUUGCCAAUCUCGGGGAGUUUUGCCUGGCUCACUUGUUACUGAAGAGGAAUCCUACCAUGUUCUUCCAGCAUUUUAUUGAAUGUAUAUUCCACUUCAACAACUAUGAGAAGCAUGAGAAGUAUAACAAAUUCCUCCAAUCAGAGAGGGAGAAGCAGCUGUUUUCACUGAAGGGAAAGACAAACAAGGAGAAGCGGAUGAGAAUCUACAAGUUUCUUCUUGAGCACUUCACAGAUGAGCAGCGAUUCAAUGUCACUUCCAAAGUCUGCCUUAAUAUUUUGGCAUGCUUUACUGAUGGCAUCCUGCCCCUGGACAUGGAAGCCAGCGAGUUACUCUCAGAUACCUUUGACAUCCUCAGUUCAAAAGAGAUCAAGCUUUUGGCAAUGAGAGCUAAACCAUACAAGGACCUCCUUAUGGAAGAAGAUGAUGUGGCCCUAGCAAAUGUCGUCAUUCAGGAAGCUCAGAUAAAGCUCAUCUCACAGGUUCAGAAGAAGAAUUUCAUAGAAAAUAUUAUUCCAAUCAUCAUCUCCCUGAAGACUGUGCUGGAGAAAAAUAAGAUCCCUGCCCUGCGGGAACUCAUGAACUAUCUCAGGGAGGUAAUGCAGGAUUACCGAGAUGAAAUCACAGAUUUCUUUGCUGUUGACAAACAACUUGCAUCUGAACUUGAAUAUGACAUGAAGAAGUACAAUGAACAGCUGGCCCAGGAGCAAGAGCUGGCAAAACAUGCCAGUGGGAACAGAGAAGUUGACAGGGCACAAACCAUGCAGGCUGUUCCAGGCUUAGAAGUAAUGCCAACUUCUGCUGGCCAAGAAAAUGCCACUGUCUCUCCAGCAGUGAGCCAGCCUUCAGCACCCAGAUCCAGUCCUGGCUAUACACCAGCAUUGCCUCUUACACCAGAAACUGGGCCUCUGAAGAUGUUAAUGCCUAAUGCCAGGCCCAUGUCCCUGAGUACCAUUGCAAUCCUGAAUUCUGUUAAGAAAGCUGUGGAGUCGAAGAGUAGGCCUCACAGUCAGAGUUUAGGACCGUUGCCUUUCACUGUAGAGUCUGGAAGCUCAGAAAAACCCAGUAGCCAUGUAACUUCCUACAGCUUGGAGCAAGAGUCUGCUAAAGCUGUCAGCCACAUAACUAAACGGGCAAUCAGCACCCCAAAGAAGUCCAUCAAUGAUGUUACAUUUGGAGCAGGGGUCAGUUACAUAGAGACAUCGCAGACUCCUUUUUCCGUCAAAGAGAAAUCUGGAGCCCGGGGUCAAGGAAAUGAUAUUUUAUGUUUGUCACUGCCUGAUAAAUCGCCUCCACAGUCUCCACAGUGGAAUGUGAAGUCUUUAGCCAGGAAUAGGAGUAACCCAAGACCCAUGAGGAGGUCUCUCCGAAAGAGCCCACUGAAGACAGCCAACUGAAGCUGUGCAGUCUAGCAGGUUUUGGGGAAGAGUGAUUUCUAGGCCUCAGGACACAUUCCAUUAUGUCAUACCAAAGCUGUUACCUGCUUUUCUGGGCAGACUUUCAUAAUUUUCUCUAUGACAUCUGUUGAAAUUUUGUAAACAGACAAAUGAAAAAAAUGAUUUAGGUUUUUUUAUUUUAAAGUUAAGCUAAAAUCGUGACUUAAUUCUAAGUAUUAAGUUAUAAUCUGGCCUUUAAGGAACACAAUUUAAAAAUCUUAGCCUUAUUUUAUAUAACCCAAGGCUGUAUUAACUUGUCUAAAUUCUUUAUAAUACAUACAUAUUUUCCCAUAGCUAAUGAUGAA